GUAGCAAAAGAGGCGAAGGGGGCAUGUGACGUCAGUUGAGGCGGAAGUUGUCCGUGGUCACGUGAUCCUGCCUGGCGUUGUGGAGAGGGAAGCUGCUCGUUGUCGGCGGUUCCUUGACCAAAGGUUUGCAUUUGGCACGUGUGACGUUGUAUGUGUGGUAACAACAUGUCGUUGCCGUUGCUUGAUGAGGCUGCAACCGUGUCUGGGACAGAACGGGAAACUGCAGUGGUUAUUUUCUUGCAUGGACUUGGAGACACUGGACAUGGUUGGGCUGAAUCACUGUCCUCCAUCCGCCUUCCCUAUGUGAAAUACAUCUGCCCACAUGCGCCAAAGAUUCCUGUGCAAUUGAAUAAUUCUGUACCAACGCCGUCAUGGUUUGACUUGGCUGGAUUAAGUCCAGAAGAUACAGAAGAUGAAGUUGGUAUAAAGAAAGCUUCUGAAUGCAUAAAAGCAGUUAUUGAACAUGAGAUCAAAAAUGGAAUUCCUUCACAUAGGAUCAUACUUGGAGGAUUUUCACAGGGUGGUGCAUUAUCUUUGUACACUGCUCUGACGUGCCAUUACAAACUGGCUGGAGUUGUAGCUCUAAGUUGCUGGCUUCCUCUUCACAAAACCUUCCCACAGGCAGCGGGUAGCAAUGUCAACAAGGAUAUCAGCAUCCUGCAGUGUCAUGGUGAAAAGGAUCUAAUGAUACCAUUAGCAUUUGGAUCUUUGACAGCUGCUAAGCUAAAAACAAUCAUUAAUCCUGCAAACGUUCAGUUCAAAACAUAUUUAAUGCAACACUGCUCAUGUCAACAGGAAAUGAUGGCAGUGAAAGAAUUCAUUGCAAAGCAGCUUCCACCAAUUUGACUGAAGUGAGAAACCUGUAAUAGCUUUCUUCAACCCUUCAACUUUCACCCGACAACUGAAACCAAGCCAUGUGCUACCAACCUGCAAUCUUUUACAGGCCAUUUUAUUUGUAAUAGUUAUAUUUCUCUUAAAGUAGACUGGAUAUAUCCACGAUUUUUACUGGCACAAUCCAAAGUCCCUUCAGAGGUAAUUUUAUCACUAAAGUGAUUACUGCUUUUAGCAGGAAGCAUCUGCUCAAUUUUAACUCUUUCCAGCUCAAAUACUUGGCAGAAGUUUCCUAAUGUAGCUUUUAUUUCAAGGUAAAUGUAAUUCAUAAAAGUUGCUCUGAGCAAGUAGGGUAUCAUGUAAUUUCAGAUCUAGGAUUCAAGUCUCAGUCCAAUUAGCAUCAACUAAGAUUAAAGCUACAAAGUGUGCUUUUGUAAUAUCAGUGUAUUCUAUUUCUUUGUGCUUUUCCUGCAAAUUGAUGCAUUCACUUCUUAUUGCUUAAUUGUGGAAUCAUUGGUUUAACUGUGAAGUGCAAGAGAUGGACAAUCCUGCUGCACUGGCUGAUGGAACCAAGAAACAGCAAUAAAGCAUCUCAUUUGUUUCAGAAUGUAAGGGAAGAUUAACUGGAGAAUGCACCUAAUGCUGACUAGACAUACUGUAGUUUCUCUCAAUUGAUGGGAUCAUAACAAUUUUCUCACUGACUGGAGUGCAGCAUGAUUGAGGACCAGUAAUUGUUAGGAUGCCAAAAGGAGGUGGAUAUCUCCGAAGUCAUUUUGACUCUGUUGUUUAAGAUUUUUAAAUUCAGAUGUUUAAAACAACAAACUGAGCUUGCUAAUUGUAUUGAUUUUAGUGUGCAAAGGAUAGGGUGUAAGAUUCAUCUUACACAGAUUGAUGAGCAUAGUCAAGGCAUUAACUUAAGCCAUCUUAACUAUAUGCCACUGUGGGAAGAAUCAUGCUGAGGACAGCUCAAAGUGUUGAAGUCAUGGAAACUGAGUUAUUGUUUAUUCUCUAAUAGUUACAUUGAGAAUUGCAGCAAGGUCUGGAAGCAGAAUGUCUGCAGGGCCCAUGUACCAAAUCAGUGAAAGUGUGGGAAUUGUGCUUAAAAACUUUUAAAAUUACUCUGCUUUCAACACAGCUGCAGCAAUAAGCAAACAGUUGACUUCAACAUCUAGGCUAGGGAGAGGAAAAGCCUGCAGGGGCAACAUUUCCCCCACCAACUGGCUGCUAUUCUACUAUUCCUAUGAUUGCCACAUGCGUGGGAUCUGUUGGCACUGUUAUUUGUAUUGUAUCUCUUUUUCAAAAUGCAUUGCCUCCAAUGAGCUGCACUGGUCUGCUAGCCAGAGGUUUGUAUCCAGCCACCCUUAUUGACUAUUAUUCUUGUUUGGCCUCCAGUGUGGGCUAUGUAUUUUAAAACAUUUGGCAUAACUCGGUGCACACUAUCAGGUGUAGAAAUGUCUUCAAGAUAUAUGGAAAGGGGACAGGAACUAAGAAGCUGGAAAGUCAUUUCACUAGUGGUUGAUUUUAAUUCCAACCAAGAUGUUCCCUGUGUGUGUGUGUGUGUAAAAUGCUUUACCAAAAUGAUCACUGUGCUUCACAGAAGCUUUUUUUAAAGCAGCAAACAAAAUUUGGCUAACGAAGUUAGACUUUUACCACGAGAAAUACAAAAUGUUAAAUUAUGCAAACUAUUAACAACAAAUUUUGAUGCAAAUUGAGAAGCACUUCAGUGCAUCAUGUGCCUGAAAAGGUGCAAAGACAAAAGUGUCCUUGUUUCAUGAAUGCUGCCAGUUUCCUAGAGCUCAAAUCCUUUACAAGAACUGCUCCAGUAGAAUCUAAAUUAAUUCAUCUUAAAUUACAGAUGAGGGUUUUGAUAUGCAGAGUUAUACAUCAUUGAAACAUUGUAACACUGUACUCUUGGAUCCAUUUGCCACAAAACAGAAUCCUCGUGUAACACUUCUAUAAGCAGCAUGUUUACAUGCAAUUGCACUAGAUUUUUAAAAGUUGGAUUUACUAAAUUGUUGCUGUACAUAGACUCCAUGUGAUACAUUUCAGAUCUAUCUUCAGUUUAAAAAAUAGCAUGUCAUUAAAUCUGUGACAAAUAGAUGUUGGAGGAUGUGAGGGAGAAUUAAUAAGAUGACCUUGUUAACUGUGCCAUUUUCUUUCAUUUGCUCUCCAUGCCUGAAGAGAAAUCAUGGGAUUGACAUUUUUUUUUUAACUCCAGUGCCAGUUUUUAAUAUCUAUUGACAUCUUUUGAUAACAGAGUUACAUUAAGUAGAUGUGACAACACUUUCCCAUUAUAACACUGGCUUCUUUCUGUCUACCUCUCCUGAUGUAACAAGUUGGUUGUAUAUGGCAUUGUUAUUUGUCACAAAAACACUAAGAUUUUUAACUUAAAAUAGCAUCUACUAUAUAUCUUUCGUGGGUUUACGCUACUGAAAAUAGGCAAGACACUAUUGCAGGAGAAGAGAAAUAUGGUUGGUUAGUGAAACCAAGGAAGUGGACUGACUCCUCGAAGGAAGAUGGAAAGAAGGGACCAGAUAUAAACCCAUACAAUACUGUAGGGUAAAUUCAGUCAUCUUACUCCAGAAUUCUGGAAAUGUAAGUUUAAAAAUUUUGUUUUAUCUGGAAAGUAGGCAUAUGCAACUCAAGCCAUAGCCUCACUAGGUUUGAGAUGUUGGGAGACAAAGGAGACCACGCAAAGAAACUUCUGGUUUUUUUUAAAACUUCAGUAAGGCAUUACUUAUCGAUCUAGCACAGAAGUAAAUGCAGUGGUGUUUGUUUGAAGUAGAGAGCAAGCUUACUCACCUUUUCCCAGUAACUGAAGGGAAGGGGGAGGUGGUGGAAAAUCACUUUCAUAAACAUUCACACUGAGCUCAUCACACAGUCAUUAAAACUGAUUUAGUUCUACCUCACAUUCCUUCUGAUAGAAAAUUACACCUGUACAUUUAAGAAUCAUUAAAUGCAAAUUAUAUUUGUAUUUGUGCUGAGUUGUAAAUGCUCCAAACAGUGACUGCUGGGCAGCAUUGACGAGUAAUUACAGUUAAAAUUUUAAGGUUUAUACUGUUGCAUGCAUUCACAAAUGUGUUUGGCAGACAAUAUGGAGAACAAACCAGUGUACUCAAUAUUCAGAACCAUAGUAAUAACCCAAAUUAUUUAAAUCUGCAAUUGAUUGUUCCAGUCUGGAGAAUCGCUUGGCUUGUGACAAUUUUAAAAUGAAGGAGAAUUAAUAUUGAACGCAUUGAAAGAAACUAUUUGUCAAUGCACCUUUCUGAAAAACUACUCUAUUUCCAUGUGAAUAUAUGCUUUCCAAUUGCAUUGCUGUAGUUUUAUUCUGAUUAUUUUACCCAUGGUGUUUGGUUUUCUAAUCUCCUUGUAAUGUGAAAUUGAAUAAAGAGAGAAUUCCAUGGUUUUUGAGUCUGCUCAGCACUAUUUAGGAUGUUCCAUUCUCACAGACUGGAUGAUGGAGGUGGUAAAUGCACAUUUUUAUGCUCUAUCCGAUCUUUUGACCUUGUACUCUUUUUGCACAAUUAUUUCUUUAACUUAACCAUAGGUCCACCCGUGGAUCUAAAAAUGCAGUUCACUUUUGCUUGCUCUUUCUUGUUUAAAAUAAAAUAAAUUCAUACAUGCA